AUGGAGAGCAGGAAUAGGUGGUUUGGUCAUCUGCUUCAGGGAGACAGUUUUUCCUCCCUGGAUUUUUCUCGACUAUUGGUCUCUUUUUUCAUUUUCCUUAUCAAAAAACCCCCCAAAAAUGGCGAGGGCAAAGGGUUGGUCUUUGUGAUUUCUUUUCUUCCUUCUCCUCAAUUUCAGAAACGAAAGAGAGGUAGUCGGAAGAGGUACAUCGCGCGGCGGGCAACAGGGCAGGCAGCUUUGAUCUUCGUCGGAGGCAUUUUAUUCGAUGCAUUGCGAGACAUGGGAAAUCAGGAAGACACACAGAGAGAGAGGGCGGCAAGGCAUUAG